GUCCGUUCUCACUUCCAUUUCUGUGAAGAUUUUUAAUUACUGGUUUAGAUUAUUUCUUGGAUGGCUAACAAAUUAUUUUCGGCAGGGCGAUACGUGAGGUGAUCAGAGUUCCACAGCAAUGUCAAUUGCCCAGGUUAAAAGUAUGGCAUCAUUGAGCAGUGAUCUAUUCUAUGACAUUUUGAAACGUCUUGAUGGCGCAACAUUGGCAAAUGCAGCAUGUGCUUGUGCUGCUUUCUGUUCCAUUUCAAAAGAAGAGAGUUUAUGGGAAAAUGCAUGCCAUUCUUUAUGGCCCUCAACUAAUAGGGAAGACGUUAAGAGUUUGAUCUCAUCAGUUGGUGGGUUCAGAAAAUUCUAUGCAGACUGUUACCCGCUCAUUGUGAACAAGGAUGUUCCUGGGGUUGAGUGCGAUUCCUUUUCUCAAUACCCUGAAGAAUGGUUCGAUGCUGAGUAUUAUGGUGAAAUUGAUGAAAUUGAAAGUAUUUCACCCUCUGAUUUCAUCUCUAUUGUGGAUGUCAGAUAUAAAGAUAAAGUGAUAUAUUCAAAGGUUCUCUGGGGUAUUCCUGAUUCGGAUGGCUUCAAUGGUUGGUUUUACAACUGUCCUUUCCGGAUUGAUCUUCUUAACUUAUCAGAUAGGGAUGGAGUUCAUGAAGAUGAAGUUAGGCUCUCAAUUGAUGAUGGUCUGCCACCAAUUUUAUCCAUUGAGAGGGAGAGGAAAGACGGGAAGCUUUGGAGGGAUCUCCGUGAUGGAAUCCGGCUUAGUUGGAUCAUUGUGAACAAAAAGGAAAAGCAGGCUGCUAAUGUUGCGAGCUGGAGCCCCCUUGGGGGUCAAAGGCAUUGGCCGACAGAUAAGGAUUUCUUGAUACGUUUUGGAUCCAUUCUUCCAUCCAAAGAUAUCCUUCCAUGUCUAGUGGUUGAAUGCAUCCUUGUUAUGAAGUUUAGAGUGAUUCAUACCGAGGGAAAAGAUAGUCAGACUACCCUCAAUCUAACAGAGCUAAGCAUGCAGUUGAAAGACAUGGGAGGCUCUCACAUUAAUGGAAGGAUCAGUUUGCUUGUACUUAGAGAAGCGCUGAAAUAUCGUAGGAGCAAAAAUUACAGUGAAGCUCUGGAAUCCUGUCAUCUGUACUCAAAAGCCCAGAGUGAGUUAAAGGAGGAGAAAAUGAGAAAUGAAAGCCGUUUAGACAGACUCUGUCUCAUAAGUGGUAUUGCUGCAUUUAUCACAUUCUGUUACUGCAUCUUAUGAAAAA